GAUCAGCAGAGGCCAGAGCUAAUGUUACUAUGGUAGUGUUAACACAAGUUAAACACGGUGGUAAAUGGUGUUUAAAUAACAAGAACUGCAAAACUAAAGCAGCACUACUACUUUAAUACUUAUAAUACUACUAGCACCACUACUGCUAAAUUAUCUAGCAUAUUACAACCACUAAGUUAGUCAGCAACUAACUCACUACAACUGCAAGGAUGCUCACAUAAAUGCUAGGAAUGAAGCUGAGCCACUCCCCUCGCCUGACCUGUAUGUGUGUGCUUGCAGGCCCUCAGGGCAGUGGGCGUGGACCAAGGCCUCUCAGCCAUACCUGCUGAGUGACGAACAGGUCGUAGGGAGACUGAAGUCUGAUCUUGAUCUAUCUAAAAUGGACAGGAAGCGUGAAGAAGAAGGAGGAGGACCAGGGCCAGACUAGCACUUGUGACUUGCAUGCAUCAUUAUGCGACACCACGGACUAGAUGGCUGCUCGGCUUAAAAGAGAGCGGAUGUGAGGCCUGUUUGUUGUGCGCAGCAGGUUCAGGCGUAAUCAGCUGAGGGUUAUUUGUAUGCUUGUGUGUGUGUGUGUGAGUGGAUAUGUCUGUGAGGGUGCAGCCCUCUUACAGUGGUGUAAACCCAGUAUAACACAGUGGUGUGUCUUUCCCUCCCACAAGACUUAAAACCUCACAAGCCGGCUGAUCAUAUGAUGUUGUUUUAAAGAGCCUGGAGGGGAUCUGUGAAUGGCGCCACUGAAAGUUUUAACAUGCUGCAGGAUUUCACAUUUAUGGGAUCUUACAAAAUGAUCAUCCUUCGUAUGUCAGAGGAGGACAUUUUGUAGCAAGACAACAGUCAGAGCUACAGCAUCUUUUAUCAAAACCCACAAACGCCCCAACAACGGAACUGACAGAGUUACACGCUAAUGGAGGAGGAAAACUUGAACUCCUCUCUGCCAGACAUCACAGCCUCAGUCCUUCAGCAGCCUGAACAAGACACAUGGACCUCUAUCGACCACCAGUUCAUCAAUGGAGAGCAGGAGACUGUUGUGUGGGGCGACACAGAAGUGCAGAUAAAUCAGGCACACGGGACAGAUGUACUCAGUCUCUCCCCGAAGGCAGGAGGAGAGAUGCCUGAGGAGGCAGAACCGUGGGAGCAGAUAAUAUGGCCGGUGCGCCCCGUGACCUGCGGUGCUCCGCUUUCUUUCGCCACAGUGCAGUGGGAUAUGCCUGAUCCCUUUGCUGCAGAGACGCCCUCACUCAUGACUGACAGCAGCUUGGCCAAUGAGCUGGACUCUGGCAGCGUGACGAGUCAAGACACCACUUCCCCGUCGCUUCAAUCUCAAGACGUUAAUGCAGGGGUUUUUAUACAGGAGGGCAGAGAGGAAGACGAUGGGUUUGAUUCACAGCCUCUCAGCUCAAACCUAGAAUGGACAGGAAACAGCUCUGAGCCAUGUGAUGCUGCAGAUGUGCAAGAGCCGCCGACACAGGAAAGGGAAGAUCCAAUACAUGAGGUGAUAGACAGUAAUAACGAAGUCCCACUCAGGACAGACUCAGAAGAAGAGGAGGAGGGACACUCAGCAACGUCGGAUCCUGUCGAAACCGCGGACUUAAUUGAUACUCUCGAAGAGACUGACAUCUCAGAUGAUGAGGCGGACACUUUUGUAGAUGUAAAACUAGAAGAGGAACGGGAGGAGCCCGAUGUUCUGCUGACUGGACAGGAAGACUCAGAGGAAGAGCAAACUUUAACGAACGGUGUUGAGACUGAAGCUGAGAGCGAAGUGGGAGAAGAGGAGCUGAGUGUGACAAACGUGUCCUGCGCUGAAGAAAGUGAAGAGGCAAAAGCUGUCAGUUGUCUGAGUGAUGUGGCACUUCCUGCAGAGCCACUACAAACUGACGAUACUGGACCAACCCGAAACACAGAUAAGCUAAUUGAUCUGCCGCAGCCAGAGCUUUUAGAGGAAGAGAGGUACUCAGGGUCUGAAGAGGACAUAGAGAUACAACAACGGUUACAUGAAGAUUCCACAGGUCAGACUGAAGAGCCAGAAAUGUGUGAAGAUGUAGAUGAGAACGUGGACCCGGAACAGUCAGCGGUUGCUGAUGACAACGACGAAGAACUGUUGAUACAGGCAGCAGGUACUGCAGAGAAGAUAGAAAACUCAGCAGAGAUAGUAGAGCUGACUGUAAACCUCGAGGAGACGAGUUGUUUAGAGCAACAAGAUUGUAACCAAACGACUUCGCAGGACGCAGAGCUGUCACCACAGCCUCAACCCGCUGAGUCCCAACAGCUUGAGAUGACCGAAGAGUCAGAGCAUAUCCAAGCAGAGGUGUCACAAGACUCUGACCAACAUCUGGAACAGUCACCAGAGAUGGAACUGACCGAAGAGUCAAACCAACCUGAAACUGCAAACCUGCCAGAGGAGUCCACUCAGUCAGAGCAGUCAGUUUGUGUCGAAGCUGAAGACCCCGGAGUGGCGGAGCAGCAAGAACAGACGGAGCCAUCGGAGCAGAAUGAGCAGACGCUGCAAACGGCCAACUUGUCUCAGCCAGCGCUCUGUGAGCAGCUUGUGCAGCCAGAGACAGAUGAGUCAGGGAUAACAGAGCAUCUGUCUCCUGAGACUGAGGUCACACAGCAGACAGGGGAGGCCAAGUUCAACCUGGUAGACAAACAGGCUGAGGCGUCACAUCAGGGUGAAGAAGAAGAAGAAGAAGAAGUAGGAGGCGGUGAGGACGGGUCCAUGCAAACAGUUGUUGCAAAUGGAGAGCAACCUAAACCCCCCGAGACAGCAGUGCCUCAUAUGAAUGGAGACGAGGUGAACAGAGAGAUGGCCCGCGGCCUCGCUGAAAGGCUGUAUAAGUUGGAUGGCAUCCAACGUGUGGACGUGGUGAAGCACUUAGACAAAGAUAAUGACUUCAGUCGUGCUGUUGGGGAGGAAUACCUCAAACACUUUGACUUCGCCAAGCAGAGUCUCGAUCAUGCCCUGAGGUCUUUUCUGAAAGUGGUAGUGCUGAUAGGAGAGACCCAGGAGAGAGAGCGCGUGCUGCAGCAUUUCGCCUGCCGCUUCCAUCAGUGCAACCCCGACUCCUUCCCCUCUUCAGAGUCUGUGUUGGCUCUCACAUGUGCUUUGAUGCUUCUCAACACUGACCUGCACGGACAGAAUGUAGGAAAAUCCAUGUCCUCGUCGAAGUUUGUGUCCAACCUGGAUGGGAUGAAUGAAGAUGAAAACUUCAGCAAGGAUCUCUUGAAGACUCUUUACAAUUCCAUUAAGAAUGAACCGCUGGAGUGGGCUGUUAAUGAGGAGGAACUAAAGACCAGUGUGCUGUUGGAUGAAGACGCAGGAGAAGAUGCGCCGCUGCGUUCAAAAGCCAACCCUUUCCAGGACGUUCCUCACGACAAAACGGCCUCUGUGGUCAAACAGGGAUUCCUCCAGAGGAAGCUGCAUGCUGAUAUCGACGGCAAACGCACUCCAUGGGGGAAGAGAGGAUGGAAGACUUUCUACGGAGUGCUGAGGGGAAUGGUCCUUUACUUACAGAAGGAUGAUUACAGGAAGGACCAGCCGACUAACGAGGAGGUGGUGAGUGUGCACCACUCUCUGGCCGAGCCAGCAGCCGACUACACCAAGAAGCCGCAUGUCUUCCGUUUGCAGACGGCUGACUGGAGGGUUUUCCUCUUUCAGGCCUCAUCCAAAGUGGAGAUGAAUUCAUGGAUCAACCGCAUCAACCUGGUUUCAGCUCUUCAAUCCUCGCCUCCUUUCCCCGCUGCUGUCGGCUCUCAGAGGAGGUUCUUCAGACCGAUCCUUCCCGCCUCGCGGUCUGCUCAAACUCUGGAACGUCAGCUGCAGUCUCAUGCAGGAAUGCUGGAGUCCUUCAAGGCAGACUUGUCGUACCUGCAGCAAAAUCUGCCGGAGGGCAAAAAAGCCAAAGCCAAGGAGCUGGAGGAGCAUCGCGUCAGAAUGGAGUACCUGACUCAUGAGAUGUGUCGCUAUGAGAUCUACAUCCAAGCGCUGGAGGCCUGGAAGAAAGUAAGGAGGGCAGGUGUUGGUAGGUUGAGCAUCGCAGACCUGAACCUGUUUGAUAAAGCCGUGUGUACAGACUCUCUGGAGGAGGAAGAGGAGGAGGAAGGAGGGCUGAAAAAAUCCCACUCCAGCCCGUCUCUGGACCUGGAGAUGGCUCCUCCGCCCAUGGUUAAAGUCAGACGCAACAUCUCAGAAAGACGGACUUAUCGCAGGACCAUGAUGCCCCGAUGGCAUAAAGAUGUCUGAACAUUUUUUAUGACCAGUUGAAAAUGCAGAUUUAUUGUUACUGCUGUGAAUUGACGGGACUUCAGUAAAUUUUGUUAAUGGAGGCACUGAGCAGAAAACCAGAGAAACACCAGAGUUAUACCUGCCUUAGAAAGUUAUCCUUUUGUUGUUGACAUCACCGCAACGACUAGUAUUGUUUUCACCUUGUGAGUAUGUGUGUGUGUGUUUGAUCAUGGCAAAAUGUGGCCCUGGAGACAACUGUUACAGUGGGAAGUACCACAGAAGCGGUUUUGAUUAGUUAUGUGUCUUCCUGUCUGUCUGUUUGUCUGUGGACAGAUUUUGUCAGUGCGAUAGUCUCGCAACCGUGCAAGAUGCAGUCAUGAAACGUUACAGGUGUUUAGUUGAGAUCACAAUGAAGACGGAGUUCGAAGAUGGAUCUGGUUGGAGCAAGGGCGCUGGAAGUAGGUGGGAAGGAAGUAGGGAAGGAGCCAGUGGCCCCCCACUUUAUGCCCAUUGCCCACGUUCGUUUUAAGUCUUGGACUGGCUGGAGUGAUCCCAUCUCACAACAGUGUCUCAUUUUAUUGUUUUUCUCCAUUUUGAUCUUGUGCACUUUUACAAAGACAAACCUCAGGGAAUCCCAAACUCUCAGUGUCUCUCAGGAUAGGAAGUGGGAUCCUGAUUCAUUUGUUGAGUGACUCAAAGUGUCCGGACCUAAUUUAUUUAGUCUUGUUGUUCUGACUUUGGUCUGUAGUGGUACUUAAAACAGAACAAAGUAACUCAUAUGUUAUUUUAACUGUGGGGAAAAAAAAUGUGCCUUUAAAAUGUAAACCACUAGAGGGGGCUGUAGUACAGCACAACUCUGAGUGAAUGUAGGGAGACAGGAUGUGCUGUUGCUAUUUUUUAAGGAAUCCUAAUUGCACUUUUUUGUUUUUAAUAUUGUGUGUGAUAUGUUGAUAUCACUGUUAAGUAUUAUUUCAAAUGAAGGGUAAAUUUUGCAUCAUGUAUUUUUUUCUCGUUGGGGAAAAAUAAAAUGUUACUUCUGUUAAUCA